AUGAGCGCAAUUGCAGCAAAACCGGCAGCAGAUGCAGGAGCAUUUAAGCCGGUAGCAUCAAUUAUUGCACUUAUUCUUGCCGCCCUUUUGGUUUUGGCAGCAUAUCUUCUUGGAGAUGCAAAACUUCUUCCGGGAGGUGCGCUUUUCGCAGUACAGACAUUAGGAUUAAUUAUCCUGGGUGCAGCAUUAAUUGCAUUUGGUGUUCACUUUGUCCCAGUUGGGGGUGCACCGGCUGCAAUGGGUCAGGCACCGGGUAUCGCAACCGGAGUUGCAAUGCUUGCAACAGGUGCAGGUCUUGCAGGACUUUUCGGCGGAGCAUGGGCAGCAAAUUAUGGCUUAGCCGUUUCACUCGUCGGUGGUGCAAUCGGUGGCGGUUUUAAUGAUGGCAAUCACCUGUCUUAUGUGAAUAUGUCAUAUGUAUUCGGAAUGGGUAUUCCCCCGGCAUCAGGUAAGGUCGAAACGGAUCCGCUUACCGGUUAUUCCCAGCCGGAAUACAAGUCCCAGGGUACUGAAGGUCACGGAUUGCCCUUUAUUUCCCUACGCGGAAUCCCGCAUAAUACGGUUAUGCUGAUAGGUGCUGUUAUUUCCAUCGUGUCCCUUUACAUUGCAAUUAUCGGUGCGCAUGUUCUUCAUACAGAUUGCUUUGCGGUUUUUGGAGGAUUUGGUGUUAUUGGAGCUCUUAUUUGGGGUAACAGUACCAUUAAGAAACUUUGCAGUUAUGGUAUUGGAACCGGAGUUCCGUCGGCAGGUAUGCUUGCAUUUGGAGCAGGGACUGCAGCAUUUAUUGCAGGGUCAGCUUUCUUUACGACAACCUACUUCUGUAUCUGGUCAGUACCAAUCAUGAUUAUUGUGUUUGCCCUGAUUCUCGGUCUUAUCUUUGGAUGGAUUGCAAAUUCGGUCGAAAACAUGAAAAUCCCGGUAAUGACUCGUUCAAUUGCAGAAUUAACCAUUGUUGGUGCCUUAUCACUUGCAGGAGUGAAUCUUCAGGGUUCGUUCCUUGGAGCAGGCAUUAUUGCGGUUGGAUUCAUGCUUGGUGCACUUGCACUUCAGCAUCCGUUCAAUGCCUGUCUUGGUCCGGGAGAAAAGCAGGACAGAACCAAUAUGCUUGCACUCGAAUGCGGAUUCCUGUCUAUGAUUGUUAUGGCAAUCAUUUCAUUCGUAUUUGUUAGUGCAGUUGCAGGAUGGAUUUCACUGAUUGUUGCUGUUCUCGGCUGGAUAAUUAACCUAUGCUCAGUAUGUAAAAUUAUCAAAGCGUGA